CACGCACUCAUCUCUCUCUCUCUCAAACUCUGGCGUCUCUCUCGAACUCGAUGCCGCCGCCGCGCCGUCCGCCACCGCCCUCUAGCUGCACCGCCCAGCAGCAAGCCGUCGUCCGCCGCAUCGUAGGCCGCAACAGUAGUUCAAGUCGUCACUGCCCUCCAUUUGUUCUUCUCAAUCUGUUAUUGUCUUGUGUAUUCUUCUCAAUCUGUUCUCAAUCUGCCCUCCAUCUGUUCUUGCAUCUAUAUAAUAUUUAGAAUUUUGCUAUUGUAAUCAAUUUAUCAUUAUUUGGUUCCUGGGAGUUUAAAUAUUUAGAAUUUAGAAUUAUGAAUUCACGCUGAGUUGGGGAUUAUUUGUUAAAAGCUCAUAUGUUCAAAACCUCACCAUUUACGUUGGAUUAUAUCCCUUUCAUUUUUUUUAGUUUUAAUCAAAUGGAAUUCACGCUGAGUUGGGGCUUCCUGCUGAGUUUUCUUGUUUUGGAUUGCGCUGCGUUGAAAAUUUGAGUUCAAUUUUUGGUUGUUCGGUUAUCCGAUAACCCAUUCGGUUCGGUUAGUAUUAUUAGGUGAAUUUCGGGUUCGGGUAACCGAAAAUUUCGAUUCGGUUAUCCAAACCCGAACCGUUAGACAGCCCUAACUGCAAUGAAUUGUCCAAAGCAAUUAAUUUCGAAGCUUACUUCGUAAACGGGCUAUGGCUGCGGAGACUCGGAAAGUAGUAGUUCAUCUAAGAGCCACCGGCGACGCACCGAUUCUCAAGCAAGCUAAGUUCAAGAUUGGUGGAGAUGAGAAGUUCAUAAAAGUGAUAGAUUUUCUUCGCCGGCAACUUCACAGAGAGACAUUAUUUGUGUAUGUCAACAGUGCCUUCUCACCAAAUCCUGACGAGCUAGUCACCGACCUGUAUAAUAACUUCGGUUUUGAUGGUAAAUUGGUGGUGAAUUAUGCGUGUUCCAUGGCAUGGGGAUGACGACUUACCAAGAUUGCGGUCCUUCAUAUUCGUUCAUAUAACUGUAUAUAAGGUAUGUGUCCCGUUCCACACAUCUCUCAGAUCUAAUAAUACUAGAAAACAUGAGUUGAGCUGAAUACUUUAUAUUUAUCCCUGCAGAAAACUAGUUCAUUUAGUACUUGGCGAUUGCUAUUCGCUUCCCGUUGAUGCAAAUCUUUGGCUUAGUUCAUUUGUUGCAUUCAGCUGUUGGCAGAACUAGCGAAAGGUCUCAGGUUCGAGACCACUCACGCGAUCUUUAAAAUUAUUUGUUCAACUAUGGAAAAAAGAAAGAACUAGCGAAACUGAUUGGCGUAGGACUUGCAAUGAGGAGUUUGAGUUAUAAUUUGGUGUUUCUUUACAUCUUCUCCAUUAGCUGCAAUAGGCAUCUUCUCUAAAUUGGUUUUACACUAAAGCCCAAGUGUGUUGGCCAUGAUUUGGGUUAUAUGUAAAAUUGUUCUUUUCUCUUUCUUUGCUAAAAAGAAUUAAAUAUACUUCAA